AUGGCGCAGUCUGGUAUCCCAAUCAUUGACAUCAACUCGGCGGACGAGGCCACCACUGGCAAACAGCUCGUCGAUGCGGCCGAGGAGCAUGGCUUCAUCUACAUUCGAAACCUCGGCCAAGACAUUUCCGCAGAACAGAUCGAUGAAGCCUUUGCAUUGUCAAAGAAGUUGUUUGGUGCGCCGGUGGAGGAAAAGGUCGCCUGCGCGAUCCAGACAAAUAACCGCGGCUGGGGCGGCCUACACUCAGAGACACUAGAUCCCAGAACACAAAAAGUGGGAGACUUCAAAGAAGUAUUCAACAUUGGCCUAUUCAAAGAUGGCGAGCCUCAACAACCACUUCCGCCCACCAUCGUCGCCGACCAAGCCCGCCUCGAGGCGUUCCGCGAUGCCUGCACUGCCAUGUGCACCAAACUCCUGCUUCUCAUCGGCAACGGCCUCGGCGUCGGCGACUUCUUCGCCCGCGCGCACGAGGUCAAGCCCGGCGACGAAUGCGACACCAUCCUGCGCCUCCUUCGCUACCCUCCCCCCACCAGCACCGUCCACUCCGCAUCGGACAUGCGCGCCGGCGCCCACUCCGACUAUGGCUCCCUCACCUUGCUCUUCCGCCUCCGUGGGCAGGCCGGUCUGGAGGUGCAAUCCCGCGACGGCCUCACCUGGGCGCCCGUCCCCGUGCACCCGCCGGGCACGGAACACGACCCAAGCCCGCCCAUCCUCGUCAACAUUGGCGACCUUCUCUCGUACUGGACCAACGGCCUGCUGCGCAGCACCGUGCACCGGGUCGUGUUUGGCGGCGAGGUAGUGCAGGGCGAGAGCGCAGCGGAGCCACGGUACUCGAUGGCCUUCUUCUCGAGCCCAUCACCGAGCACGCAGCUCGGCGUCGUCCCGAGCGAGCGCGUCAGGAGCUUUGUGCCGCGCGGGCAGAGCACGAAUCCGUAUGCGGAGCGGAAAGUGAUGCGCGCGGAUGAGCAUCUGCGGAUGCGACUGGCGGAGACGUACGGCGAUCUAUACAAGGAGGGAGACAAAGCCUAG